GAUAAGUUAAACAUUUUAAUAUUAGAUUCAAUUAUAAUAGGUUUAAAGUAAAUGGAUAUUGAUUAUCUUCAGUGUGAAAUAAUAUCAUUAUUUGGCAAACUUCCAUGAUCGAGUUACACGAGUGACAACUCCAUUGUUAAAGAAAAAACUAAUCUAGGACAAUAACAAAAUGGUGACUGAAAUAGUUUUUCGUGCGGAUAUAUGUACUGAUGAUGUGGAAGAUUUGUUUAGCCUGAUCGUGAAACCAGGAUAUAAAAAUGUAUCAACACUUUUCAAUAUCUCACAGAAUCGUAUUAUGAUGUGCGCAUCACCGUUCUCAUCGACAUUUGAAAAGAAUGUUCUAAGAAAUUGUGCUAAACUUUGUACCGACAGUUUGAGUCUUGAACAAAAGUUCAAAGAACAGCGAAGGAUAACUGUUAUUAAAAUUGGCCGUAAAACAAUGUUGCUUAACAAAGCAGAAGAAAUUGCAGUGGCUGAAUCGAAAGUGAAAAGGAAUAUCAUUUCUAAACAGUGGAAAUUAAGACGGAUAGACAGCAAAUCAAUGGUGAAAUUAUUGCAUAGUAUCAGCCCAAGUUGUAGUAGUAGAAAAAUAAACCAGUCUAAUUUUGCGGAUAGAAGCAGCAGAAGUAUCAAAGUUGUCAAGCCAAGGACAGUACAAGCAAAAAAAUGUCAUCAGCAUGGCCUAAUAUUUGUAACAGCUCCAAAUGGAAAGCAGAAUUACAAGAACCCAUCUUAUCCACAAACCGCUGAAGAUAAAUACCCUAUACAGGCGACAGAUGUCGAUACGGACUGUCCAAGCAUGCAAAUGGCCGUUAGCGCCCAGUCGAUGUUUUCCCGACGUGGUGAAACAAGCUUACCAUCAGGUGUUUCGUAUCAGUCUGGACACAUCAGUUCGUCUGCUGUUAAUGCACCAUUUACACAAAGAUCAAGUCAGUCAAGAGAUUCGGUUGCUUUUAUUCCAGCUGUACCUAGAUAUGCAGAUUAUAUGGCGUAUGGAAAAAGACUAUCAACAUAUCAAACAACUAAGUGGCUAGUGAAUGAAAAACCUGACAGAGGUAUACUUGCAGAUCUGGGAUUUUUCUUUACAGGUCGGGACGAUUUGGUGAGAUGCUAUAUGUGUGGCAUUGGUCUGAAAGACUGGGUGAAGAAUGACGACGUGCUUCAGGAGCACGUGAAACAUUCACCAAAAUGUCACUUUUUAUUGCAACACGUUGGCAAAAAUAAAGUUGAUCGUAUUCAGAGAGAUUCUUUGACAGUCAGUUCCUCUGGUUCCCAGCUGCCGUAUAAGAUACGAUCUCCUCAGUAUCAAACAAUGGAAGCAAGACUUGCAACUUUCAAAUCCUUUUCCAGCAACAUUGGAAUCCCGCACCAAGAGCUAGCAGUCGCUGGACUAUACUUUACAGGCCAAGGAGAUUUAUGCAGGUGUUUUACAUGUGACGGCGGACUCAAGGACUGGAGUACAGGAGAUGAUCCCUGCAGAGAACAUGCAACAUAUUUUCCUAAUUGCGAUUAUAUUAAUCAGCUGAAAGGACGGGACUAUGUUAGAACACUGCAGCAAAGACGACAUAAUAACCAAUCUCCGGGUGCACAAGGUGACACUUCUCAGGCAAUACAGGAACCAGAAGCCUCCGCGUUACUGCCAAUGGACAGUCUUGACAUUUCUAGCAGUAACGAUUCUAGAAAAGUAAGCCAGGUUACAGGAAUGGGUUAUACAGAACGUGACGUGGAAACAGCGAAAGCAGAAUUGAAGAAAAAUGGUGAUACUAAUCCCAGUGUUGAAGCUAUUGUGAACACGAUACUUGAUAUACAACACAAAGCAACUGAUACAGCUAAUUCAGCGGAAAGUGAUCCCGAAGAUUUGCAAGCAAUUGCUGAAGAAAAUGAGCGACUUUCCCAGAUGGUCCAAUGUAUGUUGUGUGUCAAGGAAGAACCGGAUAUACUAUUUUUGCCAUGUGCACAUCACCGCAUUUGCCAUAAAUGCUCUGAAAACAUUACUCGUUGUCCAGUUUGCAACAAUUACAUUAAGGAAAAGGUCAGGACGUACCGGGCCUAGUGUGGGGGCAAUGUAACAAACAAGUCAUAUUUCACGUAGUAUUGCGUAUCUGAUGAAACAUGUUUGAAACUAUAUAUAUAUAUAAGUAGGUAACAACGUUCACGCAUCAGUCGUUAGGCCAUAAAAUCAAUCCUCUCUAAUAGCACUCUCUGAAAAACAAAAUCUCUUACCUCUGACUCAACGCUGUUGAAAUGAGAGUAGAGAUAAAAUGGUUUUCUGAGAAAAUAUCAGUGUCAGUAUAAAGAAAGAAAUUAACAUUCUUACAUAUUAUUUUAUCUCAACAGACUUUGUAAUUCUAGUCGGUUACUUGUAUGUUGACAAAUCGUGAAUAAACAGGUGCGUUUCAAUACUUUUUAUGUCGGAUUAGUAUGCUGUCAUAACAAAAUUAUCCGCUAUUUGUCUAAUGAAUCUAGAAGAUAUUUAUACAAUGCAUAUUAAAUCUGAAAAACUACAAAUUAAAAAAAAAAUAACAGUCAGAAUAUACAAAGGGCGCCUACAUUACGUCACAUUAUUUUGCAUGUGCCACAAUAUAUUGAAGUUUCAUAUCCAGUGCACUACGGUAUAUUAACAACUGCUGUACCGUUCAGUUAGUUAGCCAAAUAGGUAAAUGAGGGAUGUAUUAAUAUGAUCUAAGAUGCAAUUGGGCGGAAACGUUCCUUAUAUUUACUAAAAGUAUAUGAACUUGUCAGUUUGUCAGUACUGCCACUUUGAUAAUAGUAAACUAAAUCGACUUUGAUAAAUAGUAAGCUAAAUUCACUUUGAUAAAUAGUAAACUAUACCCACUUUGAUAAAUAGAAAACUAAAUCCACUUUGAUAAAUAGUAAACUAUACCCACUUUGGUAAAUAAUAAACUAAACCAACAUUGAUCAAUAGUAAACUAAAUCCAUUUUAAGAAAUAGUAAACUAAACCCACUUUGAUCAAUAGUAAAACUAAACCAGCUUUAAUAAAUAGUAAGCUAAAUCCAUGUUGAUAAAUAGUAAACUAAACCCACUUUGAUAAAUAGUAAAUUAAACCCACGUUUAUAAAUAGUAAACUAAACCCACUUUGAUUAAUAGUAAGCUAAACCCACUUUGAUAAAUAGUAAAGUAUACCCACUUUUAUAAAUAGUAAACUAAAUCCACUUUGAUAAAUAGUUAACUAAACCCACUUUGAUAAAUAGUAAGCUAAACCCACUUUGAUAAAUAGUAAAGUAUACCCACUUUUAUAAAUAGUAAACUAAAUCCACUUUGAUAAAUAGUUAACUAAACCCACUUUGAUUAAUAGUAAACUAAACCCAAGUUGAUCAAUAGUAAACUAAACCCACUUUGAUAUAUAGUAAACUAAACCCACUUUGAUAAAUAGUAAACUAAACCCACGUUGAUAAACAGUCUAAAUCCACGUUGAUAAAUAGUAAACUAAACCCACCACUUUGAUAAAUAGUAAACUAAACCCACGUUGAUAAAUAGUGAAAUAAAUCCACGUUGAUAAAUAGUAAACUUAACCCACGUUGAUGAAUAGUAAACUAAACCUACUGUGAUAAAUAGAAAACUAAAUCCACUUUGAUAAAUAGUAAGCUAAAUCUGCUUUGAUAAAUAGUAUACUAAACCCACGUUAAUACAUAAUAAGCUAAACCCAUGUUGAUCAAUAGUAAAUUAAAUCCACUUUGAUAAAUAGUAAACUAUACCCACAUUGAUCAUUAGUAAACUAAAACAACUUUGAUAAAUAGUAAACUAAACCCACGUUGAUAAAUACUUAACUAAACCCACUUUGAUAAAUAGUAAGCUACACCCACUUUGAUAAAUAGUAAGCUAAACCCGCUUAAAUAAAUAGUAAACUAUACCCACUUUGAUAAAUAAUUAACUAAACCCACUGUGAUAAAUAGUAAACUAUACCCACUUUGAGAAAUAGUAAGCUAAACCCACUUUAAUAAAAAGUAAGCUAUACCCACUUUAAUAAAUAGUAAACUGUACCCACUUUGAUAAAUACUAAACUAAACCCACUGUGAUAAAUAGUAAAGUUUACCCACUUCGAUAAAUAGUAAGCUCAAUCCACAUUGAUCAAUAGUAAACUAAACCCACUUUGAUCAAUAGUAAACUAUACCCACUGUGAUAAAUAGUAAACUAUACCCGCUUUGAUAAAUAGUAAGCUAAACCCACUUUGAUAAAUCGUAAACUAUACCCACUUUGAUAAAUAGUAAACUAAACCCACUUUGAUCAAUUGUAAACUAAACCCGCUGUGAUAAAUAGUAACAUUUGCCCACUUUGAUCAAUAGUAAGCUAAAUCCCCUUUGAUCAAUAGCAAACUAAACCAACUUUGAUAAAUAGUAAACUAUACCCACUUUGAUCAAUAGUAAACUAAACCCACUUUGAUAAAUAGUAAACUAAACCCACGUUUAUAAAUAGUAAACUAAACCCACUUUGAUCAAUAGUAAACUAAGCCCACGUUGAUAAAUAGUAAAGUAUACCCACUUUUAUAAAUAGUAAACUAAAUCCACUUUGAUAAAUAGUUAACUAAACCCACUUUGAUAAAUAGUAAGCUAAACCCACUUUGAUAAAUAGUAAAGUAUACCCACUUUUAUAAAUAGUAAACUAAAUCCACUUUGAUAAAUAGUUAACUAAACCCACUUUGAUUAAUAGUAAACUAAACCCAAGUUGAUCAAUAGUAAACUAAACCCACUUUGAUAUAUAGUAAACUAAACCCACUUUGAUAAAUAGUAAACUAAACCCACAUUGAUCAUUAGUAAACUAAAACAACUUUGAUAAAUAGUAAA